CCGCUAUUUUCUCUUUCUCGCCCCUCUCUGCAUUUCAAAUUCACAAUACAGUCUCCCUCACCAGUCACCCCUCACCCCCGCAGGUAUUUUUGAUUGGCCGGAAAUCAAGGACGAUUGGUGAAAACCGGAGAUGGAUUCAGAGGCAAAGGAUUCGUCCCAAUGUGUUAGAGUUGCCGUCAACAUUCGGCCUCUGAUCACUUCUGAGCUUUUGAAUGGAUGUACAGAUUGCAUCACCGUGGUUCCGGGUGAACCUCAGGUUCAGAUAGGAUCACAUGCAUUUACUUAUGAUUAUGUGUAUGGUAAUGGAGCUGCACCUUCUAGUAAAAUAUUUGAUGAUUGUGUGGCACCUCUGGUUGAUGCACUAUUCCAUGGCUACAAUGCCACAGUUCUUGCUUAUGGCCAGACUGGGUCUGGAAAGACUUAUACAAUGGGGACUAAUUACAAUGGUGAUGAAAGUAGCUUUGGAAUUAUACCUAAAGUAAUGGAAAAUAUUUUUAAUAGAGUUCAGGCGGAGAAAGCUUCCACAGAAUUCUUGAUCCGAGUCUCAUUUAUUGAGAUUUUCAAGGAGGAGGUAUUUGACUUACUUGAUUCAUAUUCGCCUAAUUUGAACAAAGCUGAUGCAUCGUCUGUGGCUAAGCCCCUUGUUCCGGCAAGGGCUCCUAUCCAAAUCAGAGAAACAGUGAAUGGAGGCAUAACACUAGCUGGCGUGACUGAGGCAGAAGUUAGGACAAAAGAAGAGAUGGCAUCUUAUAUAUCUCAUGGUUCACUAUCCCGUGCUACUGGAAGUACCAACAUGAAUAGUCAAUCAAGUCGUUCGCAUGCUAUCUUUACCGUUACAAUGGAACAAAAGAAAAUAAAUUUUGGACACAGCAGAGCAACAGUGGAUGAUAUUGGUGAUGAUAUAUUAUGCGCUAAACUCCAUUUAGUGGACCUUGCCGGUUCAGAACGUGCUAAACGGACUGGUGCUGAUGGCUUGCGUUUGAAAGAAGGCAUCCAUAUCAAUAAGGGAUUACUAUCUCUUGGUAAUGUGAUAAGUGCUUUGGGUGAUGAGAAGAAGCGAAAAGGAGGUCAUAUUCCAUAUCGUGAUAGCAAGUUGACACGCUUGUUACAGGAUUCUCUUGGAGGAAACAGCAAAACAGUAAUGAUUGCUUGCGUUAGUCCUGCGGACACGAAUGCUGAGGAGACUUUAAACACUUUAAAGUAUGCAAACCGAGCUCGUAACAUUCAGAAUAAAGCAGUCAUCAACCGUGAUCCAAUGGCAGCUCAAAUGCAAAGGAUGCGUAGCCAAAUUGAGCAGUUGCAGGCUGAGCUUCUAUUUUAUCGUGGGGAUUCUAGUUCACCUUAUGAUGAUCUUCAGAUUUUGAAACACAAAUUAUCAUUACUCGAAACGAGCAACAGUGAGUUACAACGUGAGCUUCAAGAACGCAGAGUAACUUGUGAGCAUUUAAAACAAUGUGCUUUGGAAGCUCAGGUUGAAAAGGACAAAUUGGUAAUGCAAAUUGAAUCAGCUCGGAAUGGGAAAUCAUGGGAUGAAAUUGAAUGUAGUUCAACCAAGGACUUUGAUUUGUUGAAAACUUACGUGUCAAAAAUUCAAGAGUUAGAAGCAGAAUUGUUGCGUGUGAAGAACUCAUACAGCUCCAAACGUCGUCGAACUGUUGAUUGUGUUGAACUUGAUGAUGACAGAUUCCACUCAAGGAAUGUACUAUUCCCAUGUUUAAAUGAGUUUUCUUCUGAUUGUGAUAACAAAGCCGUGGACAUUUCUGAUGAGAUUGAAGAUGAAGAGGAGCUAGAACAUUCUUCUCUACAAGAAAAAUUUGACAAAGAGCUCAAAGAGUUGGAUAGAAAACUUGAACAGAAGGAGGCUGAAAUGAAGCGAUUUGCUAGUUCUGAUACUUCAAUUCUUAAACAACAUUAUGAGAAGAAAGUCCUAGAGCUUGAGCAUGAAAAGAGGACUUUGCAGAAAGAGAUUGAGGAACUGAGGCACAGUCUUGCAAAUAUAUCAUCUACUUCUGACGAGGGUGCUAGCAAAUUGAAGGAAGAAUACCUUCAGAAGUUGAAUGUCCUUGAGGCACAGGUUUCAGGGUUGAAGAAAAAACAAGAUGCUCAAACUCAACUCUUGAGGCAGAAACAAAAAAGUGAUGAGGCAGCAAAACGGCUACAGGAUGAGAUUCAAAAAAUCAAGUCUCAGAAGGUUCAAUUGCAACAUAAGAUUAAACAAGAGUCUGAGCAAUUCAGGUUAUGGAAGGCAUCACGAGAAAAGGAAGUUCUUCAGCUUAAGAAAGAAGGAAGGAGGAACGAGUAUGAGAUGCAUAAGCUAUUAGCUUUAAACCAAAGACAGAAAAUGGUUUUGCAAAGAAAGACAGAAGAGGCUUCAAUGGCUACUAAGAGACUUAAAGAGCUUUUGGAAUCUCGGAAAGCUUCCUUACGUGAAAAUACCAGUGCUGGAAAUGGGAAUGGUCCAGGAAUUCAGGCUCUAAUGCAAACAGUUGAGCAUGAGCUUGAAGUCACAGUGCGGGUACAUGAAGUACGUUCUGAAUAUGAGCGCCAAAUGGAAGAGAGGGCAAGGAUGGCCAAUGAGAUUGCAAAGUUAAAGGAAGAGUCACAAGUGCUAAAGCUAACUAAUUUUAGUGAAAGCUCAGAUACAAUGUCUCCUGGUGCAAGAAAUUCGAGAAUAUUUGCACUUGAAAACAUGCUUGCAACUUCUUCUGGUAUCCUAGUUUCUAUGGCAUCACAAUUGUCAGAAGCAGAAGAGCGUGAGCGAAGCUUUGGUGGUCGGGGACGUUGGAACCAAAUUCGAUCUCUUGUUGAUGCAAAAAAUAUUAUGAAUUAUCUUUUCAAUUUAGCAUUUUCUUCCAGGUGUUUGUUGCGAGAUAAGGAAGUCGAUUGUAGAGAAAGAGAGUCUGAAAUAAGAGAUCUUAAAGAAAAAGUAGUGAAACUCAAUAGCUUUGACAAACAAAUUGAAACACAGAAGGCAAAACUGAUCCAUCAGUUGAAUUUGCAGAAUUUAACAAUAGAAAAGUUGUCUCUAAAACCAGAAGCCUCGGAUAACUAUAACCGAGGACAUAAGUACGAUUUGCGCAAGCUGGGAUAUCGGAGCUCAUUAAUAUUUUCGGAGGAUAUGAACACAUCUGAUUCAGAAAAUUCAGAUGUAGAUAGAGAUGACGAAUGGGUAAUGUCUAGUAAACGGCCGAUUAAGAAAAGAAGUUCUAAAGACGGAGGUUGUUCAAGUGUUGGGUUCAAUCAGUUAGGAGUUGGUGUCUCAGAAAAAUUGAAAUUAGACUAUUCAGGUGAAGAAGUUGUUGCUGAGAUACAGAACAAUGAAUCCGGUCUAUGUUGCACGUGUAGCAAGAACUCGUCAUGCAAAACAAAUAAAUGUCAGUGCCGAGCAUCUGGGGGCAUUUGUAGUUCAUCAUGUGGUUGUGCAGCCGUUAAGUGCUCUAACAGAGAAGCUGUUAUUACCAAAGAGCAUAACUUGCCACAACUGGAUAUGGCUAACAGUGAAGAGAGUGGUCCAGGGACUGAUGGUACUGAAAAGAAUCAAAUUCUUGCCUCACAGGGAGCAAUGCUACUUCAAAGUGCACUUACUGAAACGCCUGCUGAGACAAAUAAGGACGGUGUGUUAAGGAGGAAACCUCUAUCUGACAUUGGAAACACACUGGCUAAGUCCAAUGCACCAAAGCCCAAUCAGAGAAAGAAAUGGCGGAAAUCUGUUAUUCAGCUUGUUCCUGUUGCCCCAACUUCCACGCAGCCAGAAAACAACACUACCGAGGUCACACAAAAGUCAGAUACAAGUGAGGCAGACGUUCCCUUGAAGUUACCAAGGGCAAUGCAUUCAGCUGCAUCAAAUGGCAGCAACCUUUUGAGGGAUAGAAAUGCUGAUCAAUCAGAUGAAUUGGCUAACAAGGAAACUACAAUUCUCGCCUCAAGCAGCCCUACUCGGCCUAAAAAAGCCUCAGAUGAGAAAGAGAAUUGCAGCCGUUAACUUAAGUCAUACAAAGUUGAUAGAUUUGUGGGAUCUAACAUGAUUACUUGGAGCCUUGGUGUCGUAUUUGAUUGUGUAGAUUAUGAAAUUGUUUACUGUUCUUGCAGUUGAAGAACAGACCAUUACUGGUGCCUUGAGCUCCAAUACACAGAAGCUGCUUUGAGGUUUACUAAUGAAGUUCCUGGGAGCAGUUCUUUCUCCUAGUUUGGAAUAUCUCUUCUUCCAAUGUGUGUGUGUGUGAUAAUUCAUACUGCAGUGGGACAAGGAGAAAACUCCCGGGGCUUGGGCGCACGAUGGACUGACCGAGGGAACAUGUGAUAUUUUUAUAAAUUCACCACAGUUUGUUCAAUGGGUUCAAUUGAUAAUGAAUUGAUAAAUGAGCUCGUGGGUCCAAUUAAUAAAGAAUUUGUUGCAAAUUUUUUUUAAA